GAAGGCGGCGGGCCGCGGGGGCGGGGCUGCACUGAGGCGCUGGGGCUGCCGCGGCUGCUCGUCCUGGCUGGCGGGGCGGGGGUCUGGCGAUGGGGGCGGGAGGAACAACGGGCCGGUGAGCGCCGCGGCCGCCGUCCCCGCCGAGCUCGCGCGGGCAGCCGCUGCGCCGUCGCUGCCGCCCGACCCCCUGAGAAGAGAACGUUGAAGCAGCCCUCCGCUAGCGGCCGCGGUGACAGCCCGACGUCGGCGCGAUGAACCGCGGUGGCAGCGGCGCGUCGGCCUCGGCCAACUACCUGCUCUGCACCAACUGCCGGAAAGUGCUGCGGAAGGAUAAAAGAAUCCGAGUAUCCCAACCCCUGACAAGAGGACCAAGUGCCUUUAUUCCAGAGAAGGAAGUUGUCCAAGCAAACUCGGUGGAUGAACGAACAAACUUUCUGGUGGAAGAGUACUCUACAUCCGGUCGCCUGGACAACAUCACACAGGUGAUGAGUUUGCACACUCAGUACCUGGAAUCUUUCUUGCGGAGCCAGUUCUACAUGCUGCGCAUGGAUGGUCCCCUUCCCCUCCCAGACAGGCACUACAUUGCCAUCAUGGCUGCAGCCAGACACCAGUGUUCCUACCUAAUAAACAUGCACGUGGAUGAAUUUUUAAAGACUGGAGGGAUUGCUGAGUGGUUGAAUGGCUUGGAAUAUGUACCACAAAGACUGAGAAAUCUUAAUGAAAUUAACAAGCUCCUGGCACACCGGCCCUGGCUGAUCACAAAAGAGCACAUUCAGAAACUUGUCAGAACUGGAGAAAAUAACUGGUCCUUGCCUGAGCUCGUGCACGCCGUGGUCCUCUUGGCUCACUAUCACGCUCUGGCCAGCUUUGUGUUUGGUAGUGGCAUCAAUCCAGAAAGAGAUCCGGAAGUUGCCAAUGGGUUCCGACUAAUCUCAGUGAACAGCUUCUGUGUCUGUGACCUCGCUAAUGACAACAGCAUCGAGAAUGCAUCCCUGGCAGGCAGCAACUUUGGGAUUGUGGAUUCUCUAGGUGAGCUAGAAGCCUUAAUGGAAAGAAUGAAAAGGCUCCAGGAAGACAGGGAAGAUGAAGAGACCACUCGGGAAGAAAUGACCACGCGUUUUGAGAAGGAAAAGAAAGAAAGUCUCUUUGUGGUCCCUGGAGAGACUUUCCAUUCAUUUCCUCACUCAGAUUUUGAAGACGACAUGAUCAUAACGGCUGAUGUUUCUCGAUACAUCGAAGACCCAGGUUUUGGGUAUGAAGACUUUGCCAGGCGAGGAGAAGAACAUUUGCCAACAUUCCGAGCCCAGGACUACACCUGGGAAAAUCAUGGGUUCUCACUGGUGAACAGGCUUUACUCUGACAUUGGACAUCUCCUGGACGAGAAGUUUCGAAUGGUCUACAAUCUCACCUACAACACAAUGGCUUCACAUGAGGAUGUUGACACAACCACGCUGCGCAGAGCUUUGUUCAACUACGUUCACUGUAUGUUUGGAAUCAGGUAUGAUGACUAUGACUAUGGGGAAGUCAACCAGUUACUUGAACGAAGCCUGAAGGUUUACAUCAAGACAGUGACCUGCUACCCUGAGAGAACCACGAAGCGCAUGUAUGACAGCUACUGGCGGCAGUUCACACACUCAGAGAAGGUCCACGUGAAUCUGCUUCUGAUGGAAGCUCGGAUGCAAGCUGAGCUGCUUUAUGCUCUACGUGCGAUAACUCGGCACCUGACCUGAAACACCUCCAGGAAGGUUUCAGCAUGUGUCAAGGCCUCGCACACAGGACUCACAUCAGAACUUGUUUGUGAUGCAGCCUCAGCAGCUACUCAGUUCUCUAGUGUCAAAGUUUAGCUGUUGGGGUGUUUGUUUUUGUUUUGUUACUGUUGUUAGGGUUUGGUUUGGGGGGUUGUUUGGUUGUUUUUGUUUUUGUUUUCCGGCUGUAAUGUGCAAUGGUGUGUUUUAUAUUUCUUGAUGCUUAACAUUGCUAACAAUUGCAGAAGUAGCCCUGACAAGCGCUACUUUACGUUGCUUAGAGUUGGAUUUUCAGAUCUGACCAUAAAUCAUGAACUGGUUUGUUAAUGCUUCACUUCAGUACUUUGAAGUUCAUGUGUAUGUGUUUUAUUUUUCUUUAAAAUAAGGAAAAGUGCUUACAAUCCACUCAAACAGUUGUUUUUUCAGAUAUCGACAUUCAGCACAGAAUGGUGUCCUCCACUGCUCUAAAAUCCCACGUGUCCCGAGUUCGGGGAGAAGCAUGUGCUGCUGAACCAAGCUGCUCUGGGGCACAGCCUGUGUCCCCAGGAGAUCAUCAGGCACUGUUCUGGUUUUGUUUAUCUGAUUUUUUUCUUAAACUGCUAUUGGCAAUAACGUGAAAUGUGAUGCAGACAUCGUCCAUAAUUUAAUGUGAAAUUAUGAUGAAUUCUAUAGCAUGCUACUGAAAUGCCAAGUUCAGCUACUUUCUUUGUCUUCUAAAACAGAGGCCCUGUUCUCCCACAUGGCUGUCUGUGUUGUGGCAGUGGACUUAGGCACAGUUCCUUGAGUCCUGGGCUGUGGUCCCCUGUCACCUCUAGUAGCUGGUGCCUACAGUGCUGCUUAAGCUCACACACUUGGCACACACAAACCCACACAACACUGACCAAACUUUUCUUUGCACAUUCUCCUUUUCUGAGAGUUAAGGAAAGUUAGUUAAUAGCCCCCUAUUUUUUUCCUGUUACACUUUUGGAAAUUAUUUUACAUGAUUUUCUUCUUAUACUAGCUUAAGUAAUUUGUUAUUCAAAGGUAACAAUUGUACUUCUGUGCAUUAAUGUGAUUGAGCAACAACAAAACAGUGCAAUGUGUUUAAAAGUCAACUCAACUCCCCCUAUCAUGUCACUGCAGAAGUGUCCUUUUACACAGAGCCAUAAGAAAUGGUCUUCAGAUUUCUUUAUUGUGCUAGGCAUUUUCAGUUUUACCUUGCUGAGGUUGAAUAGUGAUUUCACCAUGCCAAAGCAUUCCUUCCCCACAAAAAAAACUGUUUGGAUGACUAGUUUUAAAAAAAAAAAAAGAGUCAUAGGGGAGAAAAAAAAAUCUGCCAAAAAAAAAAUCACAUUUUUGCAACAGUUUGUGUUGUUUGAUUAGACUAUCUUCAGAGAGCACAACCGUAUGUGUUUAUAGCUUUAAUUUGUAUUAUGUUAAUGAACCAGUGAAGUGCCUAGAGAGCUGCGACAGCGCUGGAGGACACAGCUGCACAGCUUGUGCACCUUUGCUUGGUGAAAGGUGACUUGCAUUUUACACAUACAUGCUAAUCUAGGACAUACCUGUCUCUCAGUGCAUCAUCCAGGGAGCUCCAAGAGGGAACUCACUUAGGGUUUCCUUAUUAUGUGGGUGGACUUUCCCUCUUAGGAAAGAGCUGUGGGCCAGUGUUCUGUCAGACUGUGUUCCCCUUCUGUCUGCCGUCCUUUUCUGAGAUGUUAGCUCCUUUUCCUUGAGAUUUAGAUCCAGAGAAGAAAACAAAGAUGGCUUUAGACCUGUCAGCAUAGGUAGUUUUAGACUCCAGGAUCUUGUUCAAAAUCCUCCAUGUGAGGAAAAAAGUUUUGGAAGACAGGGUGGUUUCUUUAAAGAGACUCUUCAGAGAACCUGUGCCAGGUUUCUUGUGUUCUGCUUGGUGUGUGGACUGUGCAUUCACCUUCUUCUUUAGCUACGUUUGAACUACAAGGAAAGUAUUUAGAAGAAUGGCAAAACACAGGUGGCAGUGUAAAUGGCCAUGUGCUUUCCCCAGUUUUAAGGCUUUCAUGUUUAUGAUAUGGUUUAUUAUUGCAUUUUUUAAAAUGUUAGUAAACUGUUUCAUUUCAUAGCCCCAUAUUUUUGUGCAGGUGAACGGAAUGAUGUAUUGACUAAGAGGAGAAAUUCUCACAGAAUCUUGAAUAAGCUUUAGACCAAAAGGGAAAAGAAAGGUUAAAUAAUCAGCCACUUACUUUUUGGUUUUGGUUUUGUGUUGCCCCAGAAAUGUAAGUAGAGAUUGGGCUGUGGAAAUAUUAGUGCCUUUAAUCGAUUUCUCUCCUAGAAAAGCUUCCUUUUAGUUCAGCAGACCAGUCAAAAUCAGGAAAAUAAGUGACUUGGAACCGUGAAUAAAAACGCAGCAAUGUAUUUAUGAACCUCAGUGACCAGCCUCAAGAAGUCGAUUUGUGAAGGUGGCCCCACCUCCACGCUGCAGCAUGCACUCCCAGUGUGUGUGCUGCCCUGAGAAUUUGCUGUCGACCCUCUUUCCCCAGUGCAAACUUGAAAUUCUGAUGCGGUUUUCCAGGGUGGCAUUUUUUUCAGAGUAUUGAAUUUACGAUAUAGUAAUUUAUAGUGUAGCUUUUUAUACUGAAAUGUGAUAUUUUUUAAAGGAGCUAUCUGACUCAGUCGGUGUAAUGACAGAGCCUGUGAUAAGCUGAGCUGCACCCGGGGCUCACACUGCCAAACAUAAGCGUGCGAGUGUGAAAAGCACGUCUGAUUGUGAAGCCCUCAACUCCCUGCUCCUGUGUUAAAAUCAGCCUGAUAACCAUGACGCUUCUUGGUUUGGAUGGUUCAGUUUCACAUUUGCCAGCAUCUGUGCUAAUUCUCAGUUUCUCCGAUCAUUAUCAGAAACACCAAGGAAGUCAGGCGUGGUGGCACAUACCUGUAAUCCCAGUACUUGGAAGCCUGAGGCAAGAGGUUGGUUGUUUUGAUGCCAGCCUGGGCUACAUAGUGAGUUCAAGGCCAGCCUGGGCUACAAAGUGACACCCUGUCUCAAAAAUUAAAAAAGAGAAAGAAAUACGUAAGUACCCUUACACGUGAAAGUGGGUCUGCCCUUCACUUGAGUGUGGGAGUGGUCAGAGUGCCCUGCAGCUGCCUGAGACGUACUUUCCCAGGCCAGGCUUCCCCAGGCAAACUUGUGAUACCCAGAGAGGAAAAGGCUUUUGAGGUGGAACUUUAAAAAAAAAAAAAAAAAAGUACCUUGUCUCAGCCCAAGGAAUACUUUGCCACUGCUUAGGGUGCUCUGUAAAUCAGAGGUAGCUAACACGGAGCCUUGGCCUUUUCAACCAGUUUUAAACCCAAUAAUAGCACAGCUGUACAGGGCUAUUUUUAAAGAAAAAACUCAAGUAAGAUUUAUAUAAAGGUCAUAUAAAAUUUGAACCAGAGCCCUAUCUAGUUUGUGUUAAGUCUCUUAAAGAUUCUACGUACUUCUAAGAUCUAAUGGAUAUCAUCCAGGGAAGCACCUCCUCCCCCACCUCAGAAGGUUUUGUUAAUCCAAAAUCCUAGACUUUUAUGCCACACCAAAGUAAAUUUAUCAGCAAACAGUUAUAGAUUGCUACUUAAAGCAGUCAUCCCUUCCGGUGGCAACUGCAUGCCUACAUGAUAGUAAAGCUCUUUUAAACUCAAAAGAUAAGGAAAAAGAACAAAUCCGGUGUGUACCACUAAAAUGGUGUGCUGGGACAGGCAAAUGAGGUUUUUACUGUGUGUUGUGUUUUAAGGACAAUUCUAAAUCACUGCUCUCAUUCUCUAUGAAAAGGGCCAUCUUGCAAUGGAAUAAAGAACUUGUGAGAUGAUCCGCAUAAGCAUUAUGUAAACAUUCUUAGUGGUACCUCACCAACAAGCAGAAAGGCACCUCCUCUGUGGAGAGGGCACUGUAAGCUACAUGCCCAUGCAACUGGAAGCUGCAUAAGUGGCCAUCAGCCUGCACUACUCCUCCGGUACCUCUGUGGACACUCAGAUGUGCACUCAGAGCAGGCCAAUACGUGAAUGCACUCAGUCAGUCCACAGAGCACUAACCCCAUGCACCUGCACUGCAGCUAACUUAGCCCUGUUAAAAAGCAGCACCUGCUCAGGUAAGACCCAGAACAGAAAAGACUGAUGGGAAGUCUGGAGUACAGAUGUGCAUCAAGGCUGAGCCCUGUGAGGAAGAAAACAUUUCCCAGGAAUACUUGGAGCCAGAGAUGAGAUUCUGGCUGCCCAAGGCGAAUGCAUCUGCUGUAAAGGUGGAAGCUCCCACUAUCCUACGUCCACCCUUUCCUGCCUUCCUCUUCCUCCAAGUGCCUCAGCCACCACUGGCACUCCUCCCCUCCCCAAGCCUGUCUGGGUCUUAACACCUUUCACAAUCCAGCAUCACCAGCCACCUGCUGAUCAUCACCAGAAUGUGUUUCUCUGAGCACAUUUCCCCCAUCAUUAAAAAAUACGGCUUUCCCCAGCUCCCUUCAGGUCUCUCCUCCAUCCACCUGUUACCUUACCAGAUACGUCACAGCAUCCGAUGUGUCCUGUCUACCCACUGCUGGUCAUAUCUUCCACCCAGCUGCCAAAAUACCUUGCUCUCCUCUACCUCAUCCCCAAAAAGCCUAUAAAUUCAGAGCACCCAGCCUUCUCAUGGGUUCAUUCUCUGUUGUUCAGUAAUACUAAUCCAUAUUUUGAAUAAAUCAUAAGAUGUUUGAUUUCUAUCAAAGUAGGAACCUUUAUAUUUAUACAUGAUACAGAAAUUGAACUGUUUCUACUGUGCAGAACUUAACAUUUAGCAGGAAUUCAGAGUGAUGAAAUUGCUAACCUAACUUGGUCUGCAUUAGAGGGUGAACACUGGUGAUGUCUCACUCGUGUGAAUGUAGAGUUAAAUUCUCCAGCAGUCAAGACUAGCCUGCAACUCUUCAGUGCGACAGUCCUGGAAGACAAGUGAGGCAGUGUUUCAGACAUCUGUAUUACUGGUGGUGUUUGGGCCUUUACACACUCUUCUCAUAGAGGACACCUAAUGAAAGGUGUUUAGAAGGUCAGAUUGGAUCAUAUUACUCUAUUUGAUGUAUAAUGUAGAUAAAAAUCCCACAAAACUGGGUUCAUGAGCAUUUGAUUUGAUUAAGCUUCUAGCCCCAAUCUUUCCUGUCCCCACCGGGAGAAAACUUAACCUUGAGAGAUAAGAAGGAAAGUGUUUGCUUGAGUCUUCAUCUCUCUAGCUGCUCUUCGUGUAUGUCCAGAUGGAGUCAUUAAGGAGGAGGACACUGUACCGAGGCAGGAAUGCAGCUUCCCGCCCCUCCAGCCAGGCUCCUAACAGGAGACACAUGUUCACACGGAGAUGGCUCUCUGACCUGCCCUAUUUGGGAGUGUAGAUCUGAGAUCUCUCAUGGUCUUCAGAUGUUUUCUUCCCAGGCAUGAGCAUCUCAACCUGACGAUGCCCAAUUAAUGCAUUUAAGGACCAAAGUGAAGCAGGGGCCUAGUUGGUCAAUGGCUUGGCAACUGAAAGUGAUACAUCAUGAAGUGAUCGCUUGGCUUUAACUAAUUCGUUCUGCUCUGCCAUGAAGGCCAGGACUGAAAGGAAUGCCUGUGGAAGCCCCAGAGGUACCCCAGCCUGUGCUGUAAAGUAGCAUGUAAAACGAGCACCCCACUUUAUAGUCCAUAGGACCACAAACAUUAGAAAUUGAAAUAUGAUAAAUAGAAUUUUGGUAUGGAAAAUUUUGCUAAAACUAUUUCUUACUCCAAGUAACCUCUUCAAAUGAAUGUGUCAUUUUUACAGAAAGAAUGUUAGGGAGAGUCUAUGGUCUUUAGUGUUAAAAUGGGUACCACUGAGUUAAAUACACACAUUAUAUCCAGAAGAAAGCCGAUUUCUUAACUGAUCUUUACAAACUUUAGCUGGUUCUCCUGAGUCUGAUAAAAGGACAGAAGGUAGGAUGAAGGAAAUGUGUUAGUUGGGUGGCCAAGGAUUUUCCUUUAUAAAGUAGAGACCAUCUCUUUUACAACCCUCACUGGUUUCCCAAAAUAGAAGCUGAGUUUAAUGGUACCCUGACCGUGAAAGAACGUGAUCCAGGCUUUACAUCUAAUAAAGUAAAAGGCAUUUCUUUUGCAUUUUGAUGUCUCUGCAGGAGAGGAAGUCGGAGUUUUCCUUCCUCUUUCUCAUCACAUUUACUCAUUUUACACAAAACAAGAUGGACAUGAAAGCAAAUCCCAGGCCACGUGGGCAUCUUUUUCAUACUAAUUGAAUAGGCAGUCACACAGUCUGGUCAAGGUAAACCAGAACCCUGUCAGGUCACCUUGGAAACAUGACCUUGCCACUUGGCUUAGCUCCUGCAAACCUGAAAGAAACGUUCCUCGCUGUGCAAGAACUGGAUGUAGCUUUUAACUUAUGAAGUAGGAGUUGAACUUGAAAACCCCUCUGAAUCCUGACUGUGCAGGGCAGCUGCAUAAAUGAAUGUAUACACGAAGACUGUAGCUGAGUUGCACGAGUCAGAUGCCAACUUCUUGACUUUCCAUGUAGACAUCUUCUCCUUACGUUGUGAGUGACGUAUGUAGCAUGCUGUGAAACCACCUGUUCUAGUUCUUAAUUCAUCAGUAUUAAUACGGAGUUACCCUUGCGUUCCUUGGUACUUUAUAGUCAGUGUAAUCAGAAGCUGUGAUGUUUCACCUUCGUAGUCCUGUGCUUUGUGGCUGUAAAUUUCUUUAUGAAGCACGUGACUUUGGACUCAUGUAAGGUGGAUGAUCUUGAAGACUGCUACACAGACACACACAUACACAUGCACACACACACACACACACACAUACACACAUGCACCAGUCUCUUAUUCUAUAUGGUUUUAAGUUUGGAUAAGCUUUUCUCCAAUAGACUAUUGAUGCAGUUUAGGGUCCACAAGUUCACUGUCAGGUGGCAGCCUCCUCUCUGUAGUUUCACUCUGAAAACAGCAAGCUUUAUCAACAGCCACUUCACCCUUGUUCUAGUGAAGCAGGCUCUGCUGUAGAUGUAGACUGUGGUGAUUACCCAUAAUGCCCUCCACGUGCAUCGGCAGUCAUGGAGAUGACAGAACCCAUGAGAGCUUCUUGUGUGUAUAAGUAGGCUUGAUUUUUGUUCUUAUGUUGCUGAUUUGACAGUUCUGACUAAAGCUGGCCCAAACGGCCAGCUUGUGUGUAAUACUCUAGUGCUUUAAGGCCUCUCUUCUUGUUCUGCUGUUAUUGUUUUUGUUUUUUGAGGGAUGGGUAAUAUUAUUUGAACAGAUAAAGAAGGAACUGUUAGUGAAUCAAGACAAACACAUCUGAAAUAAAGGAACUGUGUAUUAACCUGUUAACAAUUCAUAACUGCACUUUUUAUGACAUUUUGAAAAUCUAUUUAUAGGUACAGAACAAUGGGUUUUGUUAAACUGUAUCACGUUUAUACCUGCAGAAUUUAUUUCAUUGUUAUUAGUAGGAAUUUUAUUGGUUCAAUAAAAUUGGCAAAACUGA